AUGUAUUAACUCAAGGAAUCAAGAAAAUUAUCAAAUACAGAAAUGAAAGAAUGUCUUUAGAUAUCAAAAUCAGAAUUCCUUGAAUAAAUCAAUCUAGAAUGUUCUGGUUGCAUAUCAGCCCUUAAAGAUUUCAUCACCCUAAAUCGGAAAGACUAGUUUAUUAGCAUAGACCAAGACAUAAAAUUGAAUGAUGAUCUAAUCAAUUCUCAAAGGAUAUUCAAGACCUUUGCAAAAUUAUAAAGUUUUGGAGAAUCAAUAAAAUCUAUAAUAUCAAGCAUUUUCAAAAAGACAGCUCCACAAAACAAUAAAAAGAGGUGUUAAUUACACUCGUUGAAAUAAAACCCAGAAAUCAACAUCUAAGAACAUGUUCAUUAUAUUUGCAAUGAAAUUGUGAACCAAAAUGAAGAUUGUAUUAUCUAAGAUAAAGAAUUUGAUUAUCAUUUAUAAAAUUAUUUGAAAACUAAAAAAUUCUGUCCAUCUUGUAAAGAAAAUAUUUAGGCGGCUUUAAAGCAUUUUAAAUUAUAAGUACCUUAACCUGAUUGUGCAUGCAGUAUUAUUUGUUUUAUAAAAUAUGAUCACUUGAAAUGUGAAAUCCACAUUCCUUAUGAUCCUAUCUUAUUGAAUGCAUUAUUGAACAAGGCACAAAUACAACCAUUUUAUUAACACGCUUCAACAAAAGAGGAUGCUUAAGAAGAGUUAUUAAUUUGCAUUGGACUAUUAAUAAAAGAUAGGUUGUCAUCUCUCUACAGAGAAACACAAACUUAAGAAAUUAUUAAAUAUAUUUUCUACUAAUAAAUAGGAGAAAUAUUCAAAAGAAGAUUAGAAAAUUAUAGUAAAAUGAAGGGAGAGCACAAAUCCUAAUUGGAAGAGUUGGAAUAGUACUUAAAAAAAGAAGUUGAGUAGAAGGAUAAAUAAAAAAAGAAGAGACAAUUAAAGAAAUAGAAGAGAAAGGAACAAUAAUUAAGUUUUGAUGGGUCAGUUCGUGCAAACUAUCUGUAAGAAUCUUCUCGAAGAUCGAUUUCUCCCUCUAAUAGUGAGAAAAAUCUGUUGAAGUCUUUUGGUUGGUAAGGUAGCCCAUCAGUUUCUCCAUAAACAAGAAAGGAAUUAGAGUUCUUGUAAAAGGAACAUUUAUAAGAAAUAAACAAUAGACGAAAAUAAUUAAGAGAAUAAACUAAAUAAUGUUGGUGUGAAUGGUGUCACCAUCAUAAAUAAAAAUGA